AUGUCAUCUGAGGCACCGGCAACUCCCGACAAACUAACACCCGGCAUGGGUAGGCCACCCUUGAGCCGGGACAACAGCACCGGUAGUCCGAAUUCCUUGCAGCUACCAAGUCCAAUUAUUACAAAACGGACAAGGACAGCUUCUACAUCUGCUCGUGCUAUGGAAAAUCCUAUUGUCACCGGUGUUGUAAAAUCAUUUAGUCGUACUAAAGGUCAUGGUUUCAUUACCCCCAAAGAUGGUGGUGAAGAUAUAUUUUGUCAUAUAUCAGACAUUGAAGGUGAAUAUGUGCCUAUGGAGGGUGAUGAAGUUAAAUAUCGUUUGUGCGCCAUACCGCCUAAAUAUGAAAAAUUCCAGGCAGUCCAUGUAAAAAUUAUCAACUUAACACCUGAAGUCCAUCAUAGAUGGGAAGAAUAAAU